AUGGGGGGCUUUCAAACACCCACCACACCACCUCGUGUAUCUUUCGGCAUUGAACUCGAGUUUCUUGUUGCGUACGUGCUUGAGGGAGAAGCUGACCCAGAUCAGGGCAUUGCCGAUGAGCUGCAACCCCUUGUUGUCGUUCCUUUUGAAGAGAACCAUUCUCUUGGACCUCCCGGCUUUGGUAUGAACAGUUACGAAUCCGAAGAGAUUACACACAUGUCGUCGAAGCCCUGGGUCUUUGACCAGAUCCGAAACGCGCUGACCAAAGCAGGAUUGCCCGUCUACAACGCAAAAGAGAACCUUGAACCGACAACCGUCCAAGCACGCCACAGCAAGAAUGUCAUGUCUGCUUUCCACCUCGUCGAGGACUGUUCGUUGGCCGAGUUCAAGAUGGACGGAUACCGGUUCCAGAAAGUCGAGAUGAACUCUCCAGCCAUGUACGAUAUGCCCAUCUGCUUCGACCUGAUCAGGCUCGCGGUGAGCGUGAUCACAACAACUUUCCGCUGUCGCGUCAAUCCGACAUGCGGUUUCCAUGUGCACGUAGGGGCGGGGCCAACGGAGAGGAUCGACGCGAGAACCCUACGAAACUUUGCGGCCCUGCUGUGGGCGGCCGAUCCGCUCAUCAGCAGACUCCAUGCGCCCUGGAGAUCCAUCACGAGAUACAGCCAGUCCGGUCGCGUCAACGAGGUGACUGGCCUGGGGAGGAACGAGGGGCCGGCAGAUACGCUUUUAAAGGAGUUGACUACUGAUAGGUUUGGCGUCGGGGGACGUCCGAUCGGCGGGGCGUGGUUGAAGACGCCCCGUGACGCACUUCCGAAGUCGAAGGCUCUUUCGAGAGUAGAGAUGAAGAUGGUUAAGUAUUUCGGCCGGGACCGACUGCUUGGUGAGUCUGUCGAUCCUGAAUUCGAUGUGGAGGCGAUGCAACGCGAGAUUGAUGUGGAUACAGACGACGACCUGGUAGUGCUCAGGGGAGAGCCGUGGACGCACCGUGCCACGCAUGUUUCCCCCACCACGGAGCUUAAAUCAGCGAUGGUGUUGGAGCCGGACGAUUCCAGGAUGCCGAAAAUCGAUUACACGCCCCCCGUCCCCCGGCCGCCGACCUGGGGUGACUACCGCAACAACUCCACCCUCGAAGCCUUCGCCCCGCCCCGUCCCCGGCCACCGCCGAUCAGGCGCCGUUACGCCCGCAUCCCUGGCACCAUGCGUCAAGAUCGCCGUGACGAACCGGGGUUUCUCGCACCGCAUCUCGCUCGCCACGGACACGGUACCCUCCAAGAUCCAGACCCGCGAGUACCGCCGCGCCGGAGCGACGUCAUGUCCGGCGUAAGAGACCUCCUCGGCGCGGACAUGACUUCCGCGCAGAUCGGAGAGAUGAUGCGUAACAAACGCGUGGCGAAACACAUCAACUACAAGUUCGACGGGUACUCUCUCCCCUCAAUGAAGAUGUUUCCGGUCCUAGGCGGCGUGCGCGGCGAAGAUGACGACGACGGCGGCGGCGGCGGCGGCUGCUCCUCCGCGGCCAACUCCAAGAACAACACGGUCGAAUUCCGCGAGGCCGCGGGGACCCUCGACGGGCAGUGGAUCGCGACGUGGGCCAAGAUAUGUUGCCGGCUGCUGGAGUGGAGCAGGGACGCGGCGCCGGCGGAGUACAUGUGUGUUAUCCGGCUCCUGGCGUGGGCUCAGGAGGAGGACGGGGCGGAGUACGACGUUGUUGAUUUUCUGAUUGACAUUGGGCUGAUUGUCGAGGCGAGGGCGUGCGAGGAGAGGGUGAAUGGCGGGGACGAGGUUUGGUGGGAGUGUUUGAACGUGUUGCCGCCUGAGGAUGCUGGCCGGUUCUGGGAGACGGAGGGGGAGGGUGCUGGGUUUGAUGAUGACGUUUUUGGUUGGCUUGAGAGGGGUGACAGGACGCGGGGGGAGGUCCAUGAAGGUGAGUCGGCCGGUUGGAGGCCUGGAAAGGCUGGUAUGGCGAUGAAUUUCUGA